AUGUCGUCAACAGCUGCGGGUGAGCCCGCCCAGGUCGCCAAUUCGGCUUCCAAAAAGAAGAACAGCAGAAAGAAGAAGAAUGCCAACAAGAGCAAGGAUGCCGCACCACUGAGCAACGGCGAUGCGGAUCACCAAGACGCCCGGGAUGGCAAUGAUGACGAAGACGACCAACUUCUGGUCACGUUUGCUAAUAAUCGAGUCCGGCACCUUCAGAGCACUGCUACAGGAAACACAAAUAGGCCAGGGCCAGACGGCAAUGGACACGACCUCGAACCAUCCAAGCCCGCCGACGGGGCUACCGACGCAGACCCGACUGCGAAACUGGAAGCGAUGGGGAAAGAACGAGAGGCACUCAGGGCCCAAGUGGAACAGUUUCGCAAACAACUGGAGACCAUUCAGGAAACACACCAGCAAGAAGUCUCGCAGCUGAAAACCGACCUUGAGGAAAGCAACUCCGCCAAGGAGCACGCCGAAGAGCAGUACCAGACCCUCCUGGACCGCGUCGAAAAGAUCAAGGAAUCGCUCAGCGGCAGGCUGAAACGGGACAAGGCCGAGCUUGAGGAAGCCAGGGAGAGAAUAGAAGAGCUCGAGGCGCAAAACGAGCAGCUGCAGGGCUCGGCACAUUCCACGGGGGAAGAUGUCGAGAAACUCAGGGAAGAACUCCAAGACGCCAAUAGGGAGCUGACCACGCUGCGAAGCCGCAGCAACCUCUCCACCCACAACUGGCACAAGGAAAAGGAGGAACUGACGAGGGCAGUGCAGCACCUCAAGGAGGAGAUGGAGGCGACAGCAAAUGCCAUGGGCGAGUGGGAAGUGCUGGCCAUGGAGGAACGCUCCAUCAAGGAGAACCUGGCGGAUAGAGUCGGUGAUCUCGAGGAGCAGAUCCGGACGCUGAGGCAAAAUUACGAGGCUGCUGCCGCGGACCGCGAUAGCCAAGCCACCCUCGUGGAUAACCUGCAGAAUGCCCUGCGAGAGAUCCAAGACGCCCGCAAGAAGGAGCUGCGCGACAUGGUUGAGACGACAGAGUCGCAGCUGCAGGCGCAGAAACAGGCCGCCCAAGAAGCUGAGGCGCGGGCUGCAGAAGCCGAGGCGGCCAAGGACGAAAUGUCCAAGGAACUUGAGCGAACGGCGCCAUUUGAGAAGGAGGUCAAGGAGAAGAAUUUGCUCGUUGGAAAGUUGAGACACGAGGCCAUUGUACUGAACGAUCACUUGACGAAGGCGCUGCGGUAUCUAAAGAAGACCAAGCCAGAAGAUAAUGUCGCCCCCCCCCCCCCCCCGGGGGGGGGCAUCGCACACACGUUUUCACACGCCGUCGCUAACCUUGCAUACAGACAAGUCGUAACGAACCACCUCCUCCACUUCCUGACCCUCGACCGCGGCGACGCCAAGCGCUUCCAGGUCCUGCAGGUAAUGGCCGGCUACUUGAACUGGACCGAGGAGCAGCGCGAGCAGGCGGGCCUUGCCCGUCCCGGCGGCUCAGUCGGCAGCUUGCGGCUGCCUUCGUCCCCUUUCCACAGGAUGCCCAGUUCGCCUUCGCUGAGCGCUGACAUCUUUUCGGAACCCACGUCAGCCAAAGACAAGGAGUCUCUCGCUGAGUUGUGGGCAAAUUUCCUGGAGAGGAGCGCGCAGGAGGGUGCCGGUGACGUAUUGCCAAAGGACCCUGGGUCACGCAAGGCAAGCACGAGUAGUAUGACGACGGGCACGACAGUGGCCAAACCCGCGUCCGGACCGUGA